AUGUCCAGUUCCAACUCCUACCCAAACGCGGAUCCGACCCGAAUACUAAACUCUCAGGAUCCAACUACCACCGCAGACCCUCAGCUUCCGCUUCGGAACCUCUCCCAGAUUCGGACCAGAAUUGAUUCUCUACAACACUUUCUAUCUCAAUCCAUCAACACCAACACUCCUCUCACCACCGAUCAAAUCGCCAUGGUCUCCACUCACAUCAUUUCCUCCAUCCACCAAAUCAUAGUCAACGGCGCCGCCCUCGUAACUUACUCCCAACAUUCCACAUCCGCCGCCGUCACAUCAGACGCGCCGUCGUAUCCGAAGCCGGAACUCUCCACCUCUGAUAAAAACAAGCAACUACUCGAUUCCAAAAUUGAAUCUCCCGAGGACGACGGCAGCGUCAAAAACGACGUGGUGGAUAGCGAAAUCGUGGAACUCGAUGCCGUGGAACUCCUCGCGGAGCACAUCCACUUCUGCGAGAUCUGCGGGAAAGGCUUCCGGCGCGACGCGAACCUCCGCAUGCACAUGCGCGCUCACGGGGACCAGUUCAAGACGCCGGAGGCGCUGGCGAGGCCGUCGGCAACCGGCACGAGGCGUCGUGCGGUGCAGUUUUCGUGUCCGUUCGAAGGCUGCAACAGGAACAAGCUCCAUCGGCGGUUCCGGCCGCUGAAGUCGGCGGUGUGCGUGAAGAACCACUUCAAGCGGAGCCACUGUCCGAAGAUGUAUUCGUGCACGCGGUGCCACAAGAAGCACUUCUCGGUGCUCUCGGAUUUGAAGAGCCACGCGAAGCACUGCGGAGAGUGCAGGUGGAAGUGCACGUGCGGGACCACGUUCUCGAGGAAGGAUAAGUUGUUCGGCCACAUUGCGCUGUUUGAGGGCCACGCGCCUGCGCUCGCCUGCGACGAAGAAGAUAAAGGGAAGCAAGUGGUGGAGGGUGAUGACGAAGAUCCAAUGAUGAUGACUGAAAGUGGAUUUGAAUUGGCUAAUUGCUUUGGGGAUGAAGAGUUGCCGGAAGGGUUUUUUGAUGAUUUUGGGUCCAUCGAUGACUACUGUUUAAGGGAAGUGCUAGGGUUUCCUAAUAAUUGA